GCACGUGGGUGGCGGCGCGGCGGGAGGGCGUAUGGCGAGCUCCGCAGGGCUGUCGCUGUGUGGACAGGCGGUGGUGGUGCGGGGCGGCAGCCGGUUCCUGGCCACCUCCAUUGCUAGCAGUGAUGAUGACAGCCUCUUCACAUAUGAUUGUAGUACUGCUGAAAAGAAGUCACAAGAAAAUAAAGGGGAGGACGGGCCACCCAUGGAUCAGGGGAGUGACACAAUUCUGGCGUCCGCCUUCUCCAAGUCUGGCAGCUAUUUUGCUUUAACCGAUGACAGUAAGCGUCUGAUUCUUUUCCGUACAAAACCAUGGCAAUGUCUGAGUGUCAGGACCGUGGUGAGGAGGUGCACCGCCCUGACCUUCACAGCCUCCGAGGAGAAGGUUCUGGUGGCAGACAAGUCUGGGGACGUUUAUUCCUUUUCGGUGCUGGAGCCACAUGGAUGUGGCAAGCUGGAACUUGGGCACCUGUCGAUGUUGCUGGAUGUGGCCGUGAGUCCUGACGACCGCUACGUCCUCACUGCCGACCGGGACGAGAAGAUCCGCGUCAGCUGGGCCGCGGCACCGCACAGCAUCGAGUCCUUCUGCCUCGGGCACACGGAGUUUGUGAGCCGCGUCUUCGUGGUGCCCCACCUUCCCGAGCUGCUUUUGUCCUCCUCGGGGGAUGGCACCCUGAGACUCUGGGAGUACAGAAGUGGCCGAGAAUUGCACUGCUGUCACCUGACCAGCCUGCAGGAGCCGAUGGAGCCUUGGGGCAACAAGAGGUUCGCCGUGUCCAGGAUCACUUACUGGUGCCAGGAGAACUGCGUGGCGCUUCUGUGUGACUGGCUCUGCCGGCGUGGACGACGGCUUCAGCAGCCUGUACAAGGCCACCUUCGACAACGUGACCACCUACCUGAAGAAGAAGGAGGAGAGGCUGCAGCAGCAGCUGGAGAAGAAGCGCCGGAAGAAUCCGCCUCCUGGGCCCAAUGGACAGACCAAGAAGAUGAAGUCAGGGGAGGCCUCCUAGAGCUGCGCGUCCCAGGGGUCGUGACGGCUCUCACCACCUCCACAGAGCAGAAGCAGACUGUACACGUCCCCUCCUUAAGAAGAUAAAGGGGGCGUCGUUCCCCACGCACGCUUGGCGGUAGUUAGGUCCAUACCAGUUCAGCGGACCCCUGGGGCUGUCCCAGAUACUGGCCGGCAUCCUGGCUCUAGAACGUUCUGUCGCUGAGCAGAAGCUCUUCUGCCUGGUGCCUGAGCAUCCUUCUGGUCGAAGGGAAACCAUACUGUACCAUGUGUUGGCUUAACCACUCAGGUGAGGAGUGCAGGUGCCUGGAGCACUUCAUCUUCAUAUGGGAGGGACCCUCACCCUCAGCCCUGGCAGUUUUGAUUUGUCUACUCUUCCCAAAAUGCCACCCAUGCUGGAUGCACUUCCUCUAGGGGAAAUCUAUUAGCAAACGUUUUUAUGGUGGCGUGAUCCACAUUUUCAUUUUGUUCCUGUCGUCUCAUCCUUCUGGGUGGAGUACCGCACUUCCAGCACAGUGGCCGCUCGACAGGCAGGGCUCUUGAAACCCAGUGGAAUUAGAUGUUCAGUCCCCCGUCAGCACGAGCCGCUGCCCAUGUGCCUGGUCCCCACGUGGCGAGUGGCUCCUGGUUGGGACUUGCAGGGGGGGUGGGCAGCGCUGGUGCUGAAAAGUGGACUUGUUUCAGGCUGUAUGAGGACACGGGAGCCCUGGCGGCAGACUGAGUUCUGCAGGGAGCCGAUGGAUGACAUCACGUAUAUUUAUUAUUUCCAUUUGAACUUGGUACACAUGCUGCAGAGAGCAGGGGUGUCAGCUGAAUUCUAAUCACUGAUCAAUACAGAUGAGCUUUUUGCAGCUUCUGAAAAUGUUCAGCAGCAACAUAUGGCACUAAUUUCAAAAUAUAUUGAGCAAAACCAUUUUUAAUGAGUGUACUGUUUGUGACUGAAAUGGUCACUUUUUUUUUUUUUUUUUGGUGAGGAAGAUUAGCCCUGAGCUAACAUCUGUUGCCAAUCCUUCUCUUUUUGCUGAGGAAGAUUGGCCCUGGGAUAACGUCUGUGCCCAUCUUCCUCUACUUUACAUGUGGGACACCUGCCACAGCAUGGCUCGAUAAGCGGUGCGUUAGGUCUGUGCCCGGGAUCCAAACCUACAAACCCCGGGCUGCUGAAGUGGAGCGUGUGAACUUAACCACUAUGCCACCAGGCCGGCCCCUGAAAUGUACACUUUUUGAUUUGAAGACAAAAAAUUUUUUUUUGGUGUGGUGGUUUUGAGGGGCACUUGGAAACAAAUCAAUUUGUGUAUCAGAAGCUGCAAUGCUGCAAAUUUUCCUGAAGUGCCUUGUCUUCCUGUAAACACUGAUCUGGAAACACUGUGUUGGUGAACUGCUCAGCAUCACUUCCUGCCAGGGGUCCCUGCGCCCCCCAUGCUGGUGGUUGGGCUGGGCAAAAGUAGUUCAAGGGCAGAGGGGGUGUGCCUGGAGUGGAAUGGGGGUGCCCUGGUUGGA